UUUCUCAGGCUAAAUAUACACAGCCAUCAUUGAAUCAUCAAAUGAGCUUCGUUUUCAAUCAUGGCGGAUCGUCAAUUUUAACAAAACGCACACAUACUAACGGCCAUUUUAUUUUUUUUUCUGUUUUUGUUUUUGUUUUCACUAUAUUUUGAAAAUAAUGGCAAAAGAAUCAUUACCUUUACAAAUGAUGGAAAUUGAUCAUCCUGAUCCUAUUCGAGAUGGCUGGCAACGAUGUUUAUAUUGUCAUAAAAUUGGCAUCAAAGAUAGUUUUUAUGGCAAAAAUAAAGACUGUUGUUCAAAUGAAUGUCUUAAAAAUUAUCAGAAUUUUAUCGAUGAUAAUCGACGAUCUUCCAACGUCGCUACGACUACUACUAUGACCACUACAACCAAUUCUAAUUCAUUAUUGGCCGGCGCUCCAAAUGAUCCACAAGUUUUUCAACGAAGAUUUACUAAAGUAAUGCCAAUACAGAAAAAUAUUAACACAAUAUUGAAAAUGAAAAAUGCCCAGGCAAGAAAAACUAAAUUAUCACCAUUAGAUACUGAUCUGGAUGAGAAUACAUUUAUUCCAUUGCAAACAAUGAUUGAAUGUGGAAUGUUUCAUCAAGUGAAUUCAUUACAUAUGGCUUUUGAACUACAUUUAUUUGCUCCAGUUAGAGCAUUCAAGCAUACACCUAUGAAUGAUUGUUGGGAUGAUCUAUUCAAAAAUCGUGUCGUUGUUGAUGUUCGUCAACCAUAUCGUGAUCAAUUUUGGCGUGCUGAAUUGGUUACAAGUUUUGGAUAUUUUCUCAAAUGUCGUUAUCUUGGCCCGGGUCCUGGUCAGGGCAAUUCCUUUUUUUUGGCAAAUCCUCGUACACGAAAAUUAUUGCCAAUCAUUGAACGUAAUGCCGACGGUAGACUGAUCAAACGACAAUAUGUUCAACCGAACUUUAUGCGUUUAGCUACGAUUGAUCAUAUUUUUCAGCUUUCAAAAAAUGUCACUACUUUAGAUAAAAAUCUUCAUGAAUCAUUCGAAGAUUGUAUCUUAUCAAAUCAAUAUGAUAUGAAUCUUUUCUACGAAACAAUCGAUCCAAUGGAUGCAUCCAGAUUUCUAAUCUGUAAAAUUAUCUCUCGUUUUGGUGAUUGGCUAUUGGUUCAUUAUGAAUAUCCUGAUAGUGAUUUUCGUCAUUCAAAAACGGUUUGGGUUCAUCCAAAAAUUGGAUUUUUUCGUACACUCGGAUGGUCACAAUUGGUUGGCUAUCCUGUUUAUGCUCCCAAUACUUAUAUUUCCUUAUCAUUAUAUACAUUAACUAAAUAUGAAUCACUUAUUGAUGAAUAUCUGGUCAAAUCUGGCCUGUUUCCAUUUGAACCAAAUUCACAGAAUAAUUUUCAAAAUGGAAGUUAUUUAGAAUUAUUGGAUCCAUUUAGUCAUCGAAUGAAAAUCGCUAUGGUUGUAAGAAAAUUACGAUUCGGUUUCAUUGUACUGGAAUUUGAAGAUCAAUCAUUAAUUAAUCCUGAAAAAUUAACACAAUUAGUUCAACAUGUUACAUCACCUUUAUUAUUUCCAAUCGGUUUCUGUCAUCGAAAUAGCAUACCUCUUUAUGUUUCUAAUGAGAUAAGAUUUAAUCCUAAAAUGACGAAUCUUGCACAAAAAAUGGCAAACAAAGCGGCUCAACCGAUAUGUUUUCCACUCUUAAAUAAUAAUAAUAAUGUUUUCAAACAAGGUAUGAUUUUGGAAACAUUCAACAUGGUUGGAAAAGGUAUCAUUAGCUAUGCAAUGAUUGAUCGUGUGGUGGAUCGAUUGAUUUCAUUACGAUUCAUCAAUCAAGAACCAAGUUUUCAAAUGUGGGCUGAAUACACUAGCCCUCACAUUCGUCCCUUCGGUUUUACACACAUGUUGGAAAUAGAUUUCAAAUCACCUGCAGUCGCUCUUCAUAUUGAUAAUAUCAAAUUCGCCGAUCUUCAUACCAAAAUCAAUAACUUCAAAACAUCUCUUCGAGAUUAUAUAAGAUCGAUGAAUCCACAGCUAAUACGAGAAGUUAGUCUUGUUAAUAAUAAAAAUACAAUAUCGACAACAAUGAGAUCUACAUCGAUCCCAUCCGCUUCAUUGUGUUCAACGGCCAAAACCUCCACCGCAUCUUCAACACCAAUAAUGACAUAUACAAAUCCAAAUUCUCAUCAAAUUGUUUAUAAAGUUCAUGGUACUGAUUUUGGUCGUUUUGGCAAUAUGAUUAUACGUACAGCUCCUGAAAAUAAACGUGGGAAUUAUGUACAUUUUCCAAGUAUUAAAAUUGAUACAACCAAAACUAUUCCAGAAAAUUAUCCAAACAGAUCUAGACAAUCAUUGGCAAAAAUAUUUUCACGUGAUCCAGUUUCAACAAAUAAUAAUGAUAAUGAUUCAGCAACAACCAUAAAUGGUGAUAAUCAAAAUAAUAAUCAAGAAAAUGUUGAAGAAAUAUCAUCAGUUAAAAAAGUAAAAUAUGAUUAUUCUGAUCUAAAGAAAAAAGAGAAUUUUGGUUAUAAUAUCGAUGAAGAUAUUACCGAAGGUAUUAGUAAACAAAAAUUAUUCUUAGAAUUUAAAGAAAAAAUUUUUAAAUUAGCCGAAAUACGUAAACCUAAUCUGGAUGGUUUAAGUGAAAAACCACUAGAAUGGACUGCCGAAGAUGUUCAAUUUUUCAUGAAAAAUAAUCUAACCGAUUUUGAGGAUUUUAAAUUUAAUUCAUCAUUGGAUAUUAAUGGAAGAAAAUUUCUUCAAAUGGAUCACAAUGAAUUUAAUGAAUCAUUAUUGGAAUCAUCAAUGUCAUCGGCUAUUCAGUUACACAUACUAAAAGUUGGCCUUAUCGAACAUUUUAAAUUGGAUUUGAAUGAAAUUUUUCAAAAUUAAUUCAAAUUUAAAAUAAAAAAAAACAUAAUAAUAAUAAAGUAUUAUGGUGUGUGAUAGAAUUGUAUAUUAUUUUUUUUUUAUUUUGUUUCAUCUUUAUCUUGUUUCACAUUUUUUUUUUUUUUUUGGACA